CUGGCAUCCUCCUCAUCUCCGCCGUCUGUAGCUUACGGCUUCCCUGUGUUGUUCUCUCGCCCGUUUCCCCCUAAUGUCGUUCAUGCCCUCAUGACCCUCUAUGACAACCCCAGAUGUCUUUCGAGAUGCGGAAUACAUCGCUGACGUGUCCGGCUUAUCAUAUGGAAGCGUCGCGGACGUCGAUGGACGGUCGAGCUCCCCCGACCCUCACGAUGGGCGCAUAAAGAAGCAGCAGUCGGCCGCGAAGGUUGCGCUGAUCGAUCGGCUGCUCCGCGAUCUUGACAUCUUAAUCUAUUGUCAACUCUCUGCCCUCUAUUAUAUGGACUGCUCUAUCGUUCUCUUCGCCGUACGGGCUAUCAUCCAGUUAAUCUUCUUCACCCCUAAAGCCCCGCCAUUCGACCCAACGCGGAACCAGCCCUUCGUUGGCGCCAUCUUCGCCAGCAACCUCUUCUGUAUGACGUUCCAUUAUUUCUUCAUUCACCCGGACGCAGGGGAAUCUACCCGCGGCUACCUCCACGGCGGACUCUUGAUCGACUUCAUUGGCCAGAAGGCGCCCGUGCCGGUCACUCGGCUCCUCGCUUUCGACGUGCUGGUCAUGUUACUCGAUCUUAUCAUGCUGGGUCUUAUCGUCGAGCGGGUCAAGACUACGGAGGCGACCGCUGCCGCCAGCACCGCAACCACGUCACCGUCGUCCUCUUCUGCACAGUCGCCUAUCGUCACGCCCCGAGAUCGGGAUCGAGAUCAGGACCAUGAUUUCGAGGAGCGCGGUGUUCUGCGCAAUGGCAGCGACAGCAUUAGCCACAGCUCGAGUUCGUCAAGGACGAGUGGCCACGGGAUCGGACUGAAUGAUGUGCUUGAAUCCGGAGCAUCUGGAUCUCAGUCUCCGCUUAGUUUACAUGAGCAGCUCGAGCGCAAUGAGUUGCUGGCAGACCCCUCGGAGAGCGGGCAUGUGUCGGGUAGUAAGAACCAUCACCCUUUGGAUUCGUUUGCCUCGGGAGAAGCGGUAGUCAUGGAUCUUGGUUUGUUCGAUGUGAUUCGAGACCAGUGGCGGUAUAGUACCGUCACUGCGAGACGCACCUCGGCGUACGUUCCGUCCGACCAGACGGCCGCUUUUCUUCGACAGCGAUUCGGACUCCAAGUGCGACCGGACGGGAGGGUAGAGAGAAUCGCCGCCGGAGGCUCUUGAAAUUAACUGCCCAAUUCCUUAAAUUAUACAGUCCGUACUUGGUGCUGCUUCGUGUACAUAUUAUAACCCGAAUAUAAAUGAUCAUGAUCUAUUU